AAGAAGGGGAGAAAAUAUGAAGCAGUCAUUAGUGGGGAGUAAAUGACGGAAACAGUGUCUGAGCGCGCGACCGGACCCAGCUACAGCGCUUCAAAGAGACUGUGAUGCGCACCAGCCCCCCCUCCUGCUCCGCGUCUCCUUCCUCCGCUUCUCCGUCCUCCUCCUACAUCUCAUGGACUCUCUGUGACUGUGUGGCGUCUCCGUGCUCGUGUCGUCGCAGCCGUCUCCGCUCCGGCCGGUCCCCGUCAGCGCGCUCUGCGCGGCCGUGACGGGCACCAGCAGCGUCCUCCGCUCCCCGGCGCUCACCCACACCAGCUCCCCGGCGCUCACCCAACACCACACCAGCGGCAGCCCCUUCCUCCGUCCCCAGCCUGUGCGUGUGCACGUCCGCGCCUCAGAAGCGGCAGGAAAAACAAGAGAAAAGGGCGCGCACGCGUCUGGCAGCGCCGCUCCGAGGAGCCGAACCCGCACCCGCGCCUCAGAAGAUGAGCUCGUACUUCGUGAACUCGCUCUUCUCCAAAUACAAGAGCGGGGAGUCGCUGCGCCCCAACUACUACGAGUGCGGCUUCGCGCAGGAGCUCGGGGGCAGCCGGCCCACGGUGGUGUACGGGCCCGGCUCCGGGGCCGCCUUCCAGCACGCCCCGCAGAUCCAGGACUUCUACCACCACGGCGCCUCGUCGCUGCCCAGCAACCCGUACCAGCAGAGCCCGUGCGCGGUCACCUGCCACGGGGAGCCCGCCAACUUCUACGGCUACGACGCCCUGCAGCGGCAGAGCCUGUUCGGGGCGCAGGACGCGGACCUGGUCCAGUACAGCGACUGCAAGCUGGGGGGCGCGGCGGGGCUGGGCGGCGAGGACGCGGAGGGCACGGAGCAGAGCCCCUCGCCGACGCAGCUCUUCCCCUGGAUGAGGCCGCAAGUAGCUGCCGGCAGGAGGCGAGGCCGCCAGACGUACAGCCGCUACCAGACGCUGGAGCUGGAGAAGGAGUUCCUGUUCAACCCCUACCUGACGCGCAAGCGCCGCAUCGAGGUGUCGCACGCCCUGGCGCUCACCGAGCGGCAGGUGAAGAUCUGGUUCCAGAACCGGAGGAUGAAGUGGAAGAAGGAAAACAACAAGGACAAGUUCCCCAGCAGCAAGAGCGAGCAGGAGGCGGUGGAGCGCGAGAGGAGGGAGAAGGAGCUGCGGGAUGCAGGUGCCGGUGGGGGAGGCGGCGGGGAGGGGGCCCCGGGGGCCCCCACGGUGGCCGGGGCCGCGGCCGCCACGGCGGGCUCCCAGAGCUCCGGGAACGAGGACUGCUGCGAGAAAUCCCACAAACAGAUGUAGAGAGACCAGAGGAUGGACGGGGGUCUGUGGAAACACUGGGGGGGAAGGACCGGCCCUGCGGCCUCCGCUUCAUCAGAUCGAGGUCCAACAGACUGGGGGGGUGAGGGGAGGUGGGUGGGGGGGCUUGGACGAGUGUACACAGAAAAAAAUCAUCUCACUUUGAGGAAAUCAAACUGACACGGGCAGGGCUUAACAAUCCAUCUCAAAGAAAGAUAGCCAAGAUCACCCCCCACCCCACCCCACCCCGACCCCCCCACCCAGCCGGGAAAAAAGAAAGAAAAGUCCAGAGAGAGGGAUAAAGAGAAGAUGGUGGCGUCCUUUCUUCGUGGAACAAAUCUGUGGAACAUUUCUAUAUUGUUAGAAGUUUAUCAUUAACAUUUUCAUCUUUGGCAGCUGUAUAGUUUUUAAGUUAAAUUUAUGAUGGUGCACUUUUUACUGUAAUUUUCUCUUCAAUGUUGUUGUUGUUUUGGCUCUGAUUUAUGAUGAUGAUGAUGAUGACGAUAAUGAUAGUAGCAAUUAAUGAAAUUUCCAACAACAUGAAACUGCCUAUUUAUGCCGUUUUAGUAUGUUGGCUCUUUUAUACUCACUCUAACUGUCAUUUUAGUUCGUUUUUGACCUGUCAUGGAUAUUUGUUUUUUGUUGUAUUCCUAUCUCUUUUAGGGUAAAGAGCAUGCGCACAGUGCAGAUUUAAAAAAAAAGAAGACAUUCGUAAAAAUAAAAUAAA